AUGUACAACGAAAAACAAGCACCGUCAUUUUCUUCCAACAAAUUCAUCUUCAGCAUGGCAUACAAAAAGGUCCGAUUAAAAACACGAGAAAACCGUACAUCUACAUUUAAAAGUCGAAUAAUAUUUGUCAUAAUACUCAACACACUACUUCGCGGCGCCUCGUCAAAUCGUCCUCCGCGGUUUGCUAUCGACGGUCAGUCCGAGAUAGUUCUAAGGCUGAAAGAGAGUCCCGAAACCAAAGUGGGUAGUCUUAUUUAUACCUUGAAGGGCUAUGAUCCCGACAACGAUCCCUUGACCUUUGGGAAGCGGAAUACGCACGACAGCGAUGUUAUACGUAUUGAAAACGUGGAAGGAAACUCGGCGCAAGUCUUUUUAGCCAAAGAAUUGGAUAGGGAGAUACAAGACGAGUACGCCAUUGUGCUGACAUUAACCGAUAGUCACUACGGCGACAACAACUAUGUAACGCAAAGUCUACUGCUGUUGGUCGAGGACAUCAAUGACAACGCUCCAAUAUUCCUGCCCUUUCAAAACGCCAUUGAGAUACCAGAGAAUACAGCCCCUGGAGUAAUUACUACUUUAGAGGCCACCGAUGCGGACGAGGGUGCCUACGGACAGGUUGUUUAUUAUUUGCAGGAGCUUGAGGGAGACAACGACAUUUUCAGCAUAUCUACUUAUCAAGGCAAGGGUAUCUUAAGACUGCAAGGAGAGCUGGACUAUGAAGUGAAGAGCUUGUAUCAGUUGCGAGUUUUAGCCAUUGAUCGGGCCAACCAGGGCCCAAUAAAUACAGGCACUGCGGCGAUUCUGAUCAAGGUUAAAGAUGUAGAGGACCAACCCCCAGAGUUUGUUGAAGUUCAGUCCGUAGCGCGCAUAGCGGAAGAUUCGCCAGUGGGCACUCGGGUACUUCGUGUUCGCGCCAUCGAUGGCGAUCGUGGGAUCAACAAUCCCAUUGCUUAUGCCAUAGAUACAAAUGAUCUCUUUGAAAUUGAUCGACAAACGGGCGUGGUAUACACCCUGACUGCAUUAGAUCGCGAGCAGGAGAGUGAUCAAGUAAACGGAGCGCAUAUACUAAGGAUAACAGCUAUGGAACUGACUAAGGACUCACUGCCUACUGCGGCCAUGGUGCGUACAGAGGUAACAGUGCUAGUGACCGAUGUCAACGAUGAAAUUCCUACUUUUGGAGAUACUGUCUAUCGCUGUGAAAUAAACGAAAAUUCACAAUCCAAUACGCCCCUGAAUUUCAUAGAUAAGGACGUACACAAUUAUGUUUACGACCAUGAUGAGGGAAACAAUGGCACCUUUCGUUUGUUCCUGGACCCCCAAAAUGAUCUAUUCGAAAUAGUACCUGAUUUGGCAGUAAAUGAGGCCAAUUUCAUGUUGCGAAUUAAGAACUCAAGGUCACUGGAUUUUGAGCAAUUCAAGGAAGUAAAUUUUACAAUAUUUGCGCGUGAGGUUGAUGAACCUAGCCGUUGGAGCUCGGCUCACGUGCAAAUUUUCGUACGAGAUCAAAACGACAAUUUUCCCGAAUUUACCAAAGGAUUCUACAAUGCCAGCGUCCCUGAAAAUAGUGAAAUAGGCACCAUUAUUACCAAAGUGGAAGCCGUGGAUGAAGAUUCUGGCGAUUUUGGAACGAUGGGAAUACGCUAUCUUAACUUAAGAGGUGGCAUCGCGCACCUACUGCACUUGAACCCUAUUACAGGUGUGAUUACAAUCAAACAGCCAGGCGGUUCAGCCUUCGACCGUGAAAUAAUUUCACGUCAUUAUCUUACUGUCGAAGCUAUAGACAACGUGGGUCAGGGGAACCGAAAUACAGCACAAAUAAUUUUGGAUAUUGAGGAUGUAAAUGAUAACGCACCCACAUUUCUUCAACGGCAGUACGAAGCAAAGCUGCUGGAGAACAAGAAUGAAUUCGAGACACCAUUACAGGUGGAGGCACGGGACUUGGACUUAAAUGGCACCGAAAACAGUCAAAUAACGUAUGAGAUAGUAGAAGGACUUUAUCGCUUGAACUUUACCAUUGACCCUGAGAAUGGGCUUUUAAAGCCUAUGCAUCCAUUUGACUAUGAGGGACUGCUGGACAGCAGUCGCCGCCAGUCGCGUCAACACAAUGCUGGCAUUUUCGAAAUUGAUCUACUAAUACGCGCGAGGGACUCUGGAAUACCCAUGCUUUCAACCGUUGUACCUGUUCUAAUUUAUGUACAGGAUGUUAAUGAUAAUCCGCCUAUAUUCCAACAAAGCUUCUAUGCCAAAACCGUUCCUGAAGACCAACCAGGAGAUAGUUCAGUGUUGCAAGUGCUAGCCAUCGAUCGGGACGGAUCAUCACCCAACAAUGCCGUCGUCUAUCGCAUACAGAAGGGUGCCAGCGACAAAUUCAUUAUCAACUCGGAAUCGGGGGUUAUAUCGGUGGCGCAUGGUGCCAACUUGGAUCCAGAUUUUACUGAAAACAAGCGUACGCUGUAUACACUAACUGUGGUUGCUCUCGAUGGCGGUCUUGGAUCCCAACUAAUGAACUCAGCUACAGUAAACAUAACCAUCAAGGACGUAAACAACAAAUCUCCGGUCGUCAAUGAUCUACCCGUUCUUAAAAUUGUGGAGAACACACCCGUAGGAAGUUUAGUUUAUCACCUGCGAGCUACAGAUCCCGAUCAGAAUCCUAUAUUACGCUAUAAACUCAAUGAGGAGCAUUGCGAGGCCCGCAACGAGGAAGGCGUCCUCGUAAAGCCCAGCGAAUAUAAUUACCAGAGUGCAUUUGACUUGGAUCCCAUUGAGGGAGCUUUGAAAUUAGCGAAGCUGCUAGACCGAGAGAAAGUUGAGCAAAUUAAGUUGGCUGUUAUGGUGGAGGACUUGGCUGCGGCCAAUGGUAAACAAGUAGUUGAAGGGUUUCUAAGCAUUCAAAUACUGGACGAGAAUGACAACAAUCCGAAAUUUAAGCAGCCGUACUACCGUCAGACUAUUACUGAGAACAGCAUCAAUGGUGUUAUGGUAGCCAAUGUUUUGGCUUACGACGUGGAUAAGAACCGAACGAUCUCUUACGCAAUUGAGGGUAACCCCGUCUAUCGUAAUCUUCUGCACUUGGAUACACAAACUGGCGAAAUUGUAGUGGCCAACAAGAUCGAUCAUGAGCAACAUCAGUGGCUAAAUUUCAGCGUGCGCGCUACCGACUCGGGGUUACCGCCGCGAUCGGCACUUGUCGAUGUGUAUGUGACGGUGUUGGAUGAGAACGACAAUAAUCCAUAUUUUAUAGGAAAUACUAAGAACUACACAGUCAGAGAAAAUGCCAUUGUGGGCACACGAGUGGCCACGGUGCAGGCAGCUGAUGCAGAUUCGGGAGAUUUUGGCAAGUUAACGUUCCUAAUGGACCGUAUUAGCUCCCAAGGCAAGUUCAGUAUCGAUGCAGAUACGGGCGUGUUAGUUGUGGCCGACAAAUUGGAUCGCGAGACAAAGGAUUUUUAUAAUCUAGUGAUAGAGGUCUGGGAUAAUUACCAGUUUGGUUUUUUGGCCGGCGAGAGCCGUAAUGCUUUUAAACAGAUUUUCAUUACGAUAUUGGACGAGAACGAUAAUGUGCCUGAGCUUCACCUCCCCACAAGCCCCGUGCUUAUCACUGAAUAUCACGAUAUCCACGAGCGUAUUGCUUUAAUAGUGGGCAAGGAUGCAGAUGACGAAUCGACUCCCAAUGGUCGUUUACAAUUUGCCAUUACUCAAGGCAAUAAGGAAGGUAUUUUCGAACUUAAACAACUAGACCACUGGACGGCCCAUGUAUAUGCGAGUCAAACUUUGCGCAAUAAGUUUGGAAACUACAGUCUGACGAUAACUGUGCGAGACUUGGGAGUACCAGCAAACGUUGUACGCAGUACUUUGGACAUCUGCAUUUCUGACUUCAAUGAUCAUGCGCCAGUUUUUGUAACUCCUCUUCACAACACAACAGUACGCAUGCCGGAAAAUGCUACUCUCGGUACGCGAAUACUCCAAGUCUAUGCCUCUGAUGCUGACAUGGGUCAAAAUGCUCUAGUGCGUUAUCGACUUAAGCCUGAUCCAUUAGGCAGCUAUAAAGUAUUUGAGAUUAACGCGGAAUCUGGCGAACUAUUUCUCAGGCAGCCAUUAAAUCGGGAGAAACAAAAAAUCCACGAGAUCCGAAUUGAAGCCUACGACCAGGGCUUACCCACAUCACUUAGUACAGACUUGGACUUGACCAUCUACGUACGGAAUGUGAACGACUUCGAGCCGCAAUUUAUAGUCAACGAAGUUUUUGUCAAUUUCACGGAGCAUUCUGAUCCUGGGUCCGAGCGCAUUAAGCUGCCGGACACAAUAGACAAGGAUGAAUUAGACGAUUUGGAGGAGACGCCAAGUCAAGUCUGCUACUUUAUAGUGCGUGGAAAUGAGCAGGGCUUUUUUAAGUUAGAUCCCGAGACACAUAUACUGAGUGUAGAGCGUGAACUGGACCGUGAACUUUAUGCCAAUUUUUCACUCUACGUGAAGGCCACGGAGAACUGCUCCAACAAGUCCAACUAUAAUGCUUUGUCAAACCGUCGCCGUAUGGGCAUUGAAAUCGACAACAAGCUGCAUAAGUUAACCAGUCGACCAGCACCCCUUCUACGCCAACCCGCAUCACUUGAGUUCGAUCGCUUCAAGCACUCGCGGCAACUGCGCGACAUAGGUGAGGACUCCGAAUUUGGAUCGUCGUCAACCAUACAGGGCAUGGUCUCUUAUGAAACAUACACAGAGGAAAACUUAGAGCCACCACAUUUUUCCCAACACCACAACCAAUCCAAUACAGACAGCACAGUUGUACGAGUUCAAGUGCGUGUACUAGAUAUUAACGAUAACCCGCCUCGCUUUCGGUCUAAGGUGUUUACGGGCGGAAUCACAACAAAUGCGGACUUUGGAUUGCGCUUUAUGCGCGUCGAGGCUUUUGACGCGGACGAGGGACCUAAUGGGAAAAUUUCGUACUAUCAAGUUGGAGAAAUUCGUCAAACCUUGUCCGAGGGCUUGGAGAACGUACUGAACGUCCCAUUUAUAUUGGAUCGCGAAUCUGGCGAGGUACAAUUAAAUUUUGACCCGCAGAAAGGUAUGAAAGGCUAUUUCGAUUUUAUGGUGCUAGCCAAUGAUACGCUGGGAAUGAAAGAUGUAGCUCGCGUGUUCAUCUACCUGCUCCGCGAGGAUCAAAAAGUGCGCUUUGUCUUUCGCUUACAACCCGACGAACUACGCCUCAAAGUCGAGAAAUUUCGAGAUACCCUCGGUAAUAUUACAGCGUCUAUUGUUAACAUAGAUGAGAUAAAAGUGCAUGAGAACAAAGACGGUUCGGUUGAUAAAACCAAAACGGAUUUGUACAUGCACCUAGUCGAGCGUGAUGACAACUCAAUUUACGAAGUGUCCGAGGUACUUAACCUUAUCGACACGCACAUCGAGGGCUUGGACGAAUUGUUCAAGGAGCUUAACGUGCUAGAUACACAGCCUGCAGAGACAGAGCUACUUACAGCUGGUCCCACAAAGACGCCAAUUUUUGUCUGGCUAAUAUUUAUGAAUCUCUUUCUAACCACUUUGCUAAUUGUGACGCUAGCCUUAUGUGCUUCGCAACGCAAACGCUACAGGAGACAACUGAGGGCUGCCAAAGUAGGCAUCUUUCGUGGUCAAUCUUCACUAUCACUUCAAAACCCACACGAACCGGCAACUCGUGUGCCGAACACCAACAAGCAUAGCGUACAGGGCUCUAAUCCCAUUUGGUUAAAAGGCUACGAGAACGAGUGGUUUAAGAACGAGGAGACUGACAGUAUUGGUGGUCAGGACUCUUUGGACGAUAAUGUUUUGGCCAUCGGAGCUCAGGAUAUACAGGAAACUUUAAAGGGCACCGCCAAGUUAUUUACCAACAGCAACGAUCUUAAUCGACAUUUUAAUUUGUACAAUCAAAUUGAUAAACUAGCAAACAAUGCUCAAAUACUAGCGCGCAAGCUGGAAACGACGGAGUUAUAGUGUAGUUCAGUAUGUUUAUCAGUUGUAUGUUUUUGGAUAUAUAGUACAUAGCUAUAUUAUAAGGAAACAACCUUGUAAAUAUAAACCCAAUAAAAACGCCAACAAAAAACAAGUAA